AUGUGGAAAUACAUCCUAGGGCCCUUACUCCCGGCAGUCAUAGGAUGGCCAUGGCAGCUGGGGCACAUCGAGGAGCACAACUUUGAGGAGAACCCCACUGAUGUGGAUCCCGGCGGUGAUGCUGUGCCGCCGAGCAACAACACCUACCGGAAGGGCGAUUUCUGGUGGUUUGAGGGGACGAUCUGGGGCUUUUGGUGGAGUGCCGAUGGCUUUGGAGAGGAUGCCCCAUGGUUCGGGACGCCGGAAUUGCCCGGACGCCUGAGGGUUGACGGUGGUUGGGCUGGCUACUUCGUGGACGGCAUUGGGGUGCAAGCUUUCGGUAGCUGGUGGCCUUGGGUGGCCUGCUUCGUCAUGGUGACCUUCCUGACCGGGAUUCUCGGGAUCUUGACGUACAGUUUGCACACCUUGACGGGGCCAUGUAGGGCUUUGGGAAGAGGAGUGCAUGCUCUUUGCGGCCUAUGCUGUUGCAGGAGGCGCGAUGGUCUUGAUGCCCACCUACCUAGUGCAAGGCCUUUGAUGAGUGAGAUUGAAUGGCAUGGACCAAAGACCGGUUGGCCGACAGAAACCAGGUAUUUACAGCAGCGCUUGAAGGGGCGCGGUAGCCGGCGGCGCCUGAAUGACGUGGUGGUUCGUCGAGGAGGGCAUGUGGCUCGACUGCUUCAGGAAGAGAGCAUGCUGAAACGGAUUGACAGCGAUGGGCUACGUGUGAAGUUCAAUGGAGUCUCCGGCUGCACCUCUCGGCAGUUCCGACGAGAACUUGAAGAAGCAGGUGAAGUUCAUCUUUGUCGACAACUUGAAUGCCGAGCUGAUCACACCAUGCAUAUCCAGGAGUUCGCUGGCGUUGAUCACGAGGCCUUAUUGGAUCUACAUCGCUAUGCCCAUGGCUCACCACGUUGGCUCCUUGGUCUACUAGGACGAGGGCUAUGGCGCGCUUUUGGGUUGGUUGCGAGGCUCACUCGCUGCUGCUGCCGCAUCUGUUGUGUGAAAAAGGGGAACCGUGUCAUUCGUGACGAAGACGGACAUGAACGGAUGCUUGACCCCGACUCGGAGUCUGAGGUGGAGGGCGACGAAUCUUCGUGCCAAGGAGUGCGCAUUGGUUUGGUGAUCGAGGGUGAAAUGAGGCCCUUAGCACCUGAUGGUUGCAAUGACAUGGCAACGCAGGAGGAGACCACGCUUCUGGACGAGGACAUCGAGGUCUCUGAUGUGCGCCCGCCUGGACCAGGACAACUAGCACGCGUACCACUCUGUGCUCAUCAUCGCCAAGUAUAUCAGGGAGCAGCAGCCAAGCGAAAGUGUGGGGUACUGACCUGCCACAAAGCAUCCAAGGGAGCACGGCAUGGAGUCCCGCUCUGCUACGACCACCUGUGUGAACAAGGAGGGUCAGGACUGAGGAAGGACAGCCCCCAUCCUAAUGGUAUGCUCCAAGGGCUUAGGCGGAGGUUCACGAGGAGAUCAACAAGUCGAAGCCGGAGCCCAGCGCUUGAGCAGCAGCCGGAUGGAGGUGGCAUUGAGAGGCACCCCGACUCUGGAGGAGUUCGGAACAAGAAGGAGAGCGGCAUGGCACCUAUGAGGUCGAGCUCUGUCGACCUUGGCAAAGUGAUGAUCCCAUCGCCACCCAGAGGCAUGCUCGACCAAGAUGAUGUCAUGGGGAAGCCCGUGUGGAUGAAGAUAAAGCUCAACUACACGGAGGGGCAGCGAGAGUGCGAAUGGAUCAUGUGCCUAGGCGAGCUCGUGGGCUACACACCUGGAGGAGUUCGAGGUGACCGGAAGCUCGAGAUCCACACCAAGUACAUCGAGACCACCAUCGUUGUCGAUCCCAAGUACCUGGAGGACAUGACCGAGGCCAAGAGUGUGGAGGAGCUUGACCCUCUUAAGGCCCAGCUCCUGAUCAAUGACAUCCCGCAAGACGCUGCAUGCAUUGGAUUAGACAUCAAGGGCUACAUCGUCCCGGAACACCUGGUGCAGCGUUUGAAAUCGUGGGAGGGGCGAACCAUUGGCAGCGGUAGACGUCUGAACCAACUGCAGGUUGACUAUGUCAAGAAGAACAUCGCCACCCUGGUGCGCAAACACAGUGCGGGCUUUGUUAAAGGAGAGGUCUGGCCUAGUUGGCCGGCUGAAGCCGAGCUCGGGCUUGAUGUGCAAGUUCGUGGACGCGCUGAAGCCCAACCUGUCGGAGCCCCGGAGGAGCCGAGAAAGAGAUCACGUAGCCGGAGCCAUAGCUUGGCCAGGGUCAUGAGAGAAGAGGACGAAGUGAAGCAGAAGAUGGAGGUGGUUCGCGACGAGAUGACCGGUGAGGGUAUUGUCGAGGCCUAUGCGACAGCCCUUGUAUCAGGCCAAAACCAUCAGGAGGCACUCGACACGAUCCAGAUGAUCUUCGAAGUGGACCUCAGCGCCAUCCAGAGCACCCUGAGGAACUACAUCCGCAGGAACUGUGGGAAGCAGAAUGAGCAGGUCGAGGUGGCGAUCAAGAUCCUCAAGGGCGCAGGAGCACCGAGCUACAACGUGACCAAGGAUGAGGCCAAGCCGCCCAGCGCACAACCAGAGCAGCAUUGGCACCCAGAACCCUUUGACAGUGAGCGAUAUGGGGUGGUGGGACAACUCUUCGGGCUUGGGAGCAAGUUGGAUGACACCUCAACACGUGCAGGAGCCGGAGGUGACGAAGAAGAUGGGCAGAUGGGAGCUCGCGUCGUGCACGCUUUGGAGGGCCUCCGGAAGGCCACGGAAGGGGACAAGAAGGGCAACUCGGGGACAAGAAGCUCCAUUGGCUCAGAGGAAGGCCUGCACGUCUACGUAGCCCGGGGAUGCAAUACCCUAACCGUGGAGGUCUGCCCCGAUGUCACCGGGAAGGAGCUGUUCGAUGCGUUGAAGAGAGCCUGCUCACAUGCCAAGGCCAAGCUGCAACAGAUCGAGUGGCCCUGCUUGGUGACGAAUGGCAUCGCCUAUGGACUCGCAGCCAUGCAGCAUGGUGGGAAGGAUCACACCACGUUGGCGCCGUGGCAGUUGAGCGUGGCGCAUGCGGUGACGGCCAAGCCAAGAGACUUCGACCAGUAUGAAGCGCCCAAGGACGACAAGAUCGAGCCGAAGCCAAGGUGGGAGGAGAUCAACAUGGAGGAGAAGGUGAACACCAUGGUGGUGAUGCCGGCGGCGAUGAUGAUCGUGUGGGACGAGGCGGAGCAGGAUGAGAAGGUGAAGGACAGUGGCAGCCAGAAGCAAGGGUGGCUUCCCCCGGAAGAAUAUGAAGGAGUUCAAUACACCCAGCUGGAAGAUGAGCUUCGGGAGUUGACCCGGGGGCCGGACGUGAACUGGCUCAGAGACCCGAUGCUCGAUGGUGGGCACAAGCGGCACAUCACCUGGGAGAAGAGGGUGGAACAUCCUGAAGUUCAGCGCCGCCUUAAAGUCCUUGAAGGUAUGGAGAGAGCUGGCGUGUUCACCAGGUUGAGCAGUUGGUCCAGCUAUCUUCAAUCCCAUGUGAGGGGCAGGAUGCUCAACGCCGUCAUUGAGAAGCAGGAGAUGACGAUCGAUGACGUGCUCCUUGAGGCUACGGAGAAAGGGUGCCCUGAGCUGGCGCAGGAGGCGGAGAAGGUUCUCAGCGAGGAGCGAUCGGUCGGAUGGGCCGAUGACGAGAAGCAAGCUUGGAUCAGUGCACCAACCUGGCAGAAAGACAAGGGCUAUGGCGAGGGAAAAUUCGAGUUCCAGUGCGGGGCAGAAAGUAUUUGCUGGCGCUACCUGGACUAUAAGGGCGAUUGGGACCCCGAGCGCAGGCCUAGCAUCGAGGAGGUGAAGCAGAAGGCGCAGGUGUUCAGAGCAGAGCUUUGGGACGAAGCAGCACGAGCCAUUGCGGAGUUGGGGGAUCCAGCUCCUUGGAUCGGUGCUCGCGAAGCAGAGGCCUUCGUGAUCGAGGAGCUGCGUGAUGUGACGCUGCAGUGCUGGAGAUUGAACUGCCGUGGGCAGUUCCAGGUGGACCACCUUGUGGGAAGCAACCCCGGCAGUGAAGGACAGAUCAUUCCAUUUCUGAUCCAUGGCGGUCACAUCAGGCUCCUGGUGCCCAAUGAGAAGGAGGAGCCGGUCAAGGUGGCGGCACAGCUGACGCUUAGCGGCCAGACAGAUCGAGAAUGGCAGUGUGAAGGUUGGAGAGAGUUCUUGGCCAACGAGGACACAGCAGCUCCAUUGGUGCCAGGGAAGAGACCGAGGUGCCCAAGAUGCAUGGAUGGCAAUUCGAAACAAGGCAAAGCGCAACCACAGGUCCCAUGGAGCUUCAACGAGCACCCCAUCGACACGCAAGAGCUGAUCCUGAUGGGGGCCCAGAUGCCUUUGAAGCAUAGGCCAUCAUUCGCAUACGGAGUCCGGGUGCAGGAGAUGUUUGCCGGAUCCGGAGCUUGGACACAAGCAAUGGGCGAAGCGGGCAUAGCCUUCAAUGAGCCAGUCGAGCUGUAUGGCGACCCCCUCCAGAAGCAGGACAAGCGAGACCACUUUGACCUGAAGAAUGAGGCCGUGGCAAAUCGCUACCUCCAAGCUGCGAUGGAGCUCCCGGGCCCGCACGCAGCGAACAUCUGGGAAUUUGGAACGCCCUGCACAAGCUAUUGUGACUUCAACCUCUUGAACGGGGGGACACGCAGCUUCACCUCGCCUGAAGGAGGACCAGUUCCAACACAGAGCGAAGAGGAGGGCAACUACUUCUGUGAGCUGACCAGCCGACUCUGCCAAUCGCUCUACGAUCAUGACAAGGAAUUUGUGCUCGAGUCGUCGAUGCCCUCUGGAAGGUAUCCCAAAAUUUGGGAUCAGCCGGCGAUUCAACGCCUGCAACAAUCCACUGGAGCGCUCAUCGUGCCCACCCAUUUGUGCGAAUGGGGCGCAUCACCGAGCGACAGGCCCGAGAUGAGAUACAAGAAGGGUCAGUGGAAUCUAGAGUACCUCGGACAAGGCGAGCACAGGUGUAUCCAGCACGUCUCUGCGCUCGUGGUGCAAGCGGCAUAUGCUGGCUGGGACACUAUGCAGGUGGCACAAGCCUUGGAGGUCAUUCAAGAGGACGAUGGCCGAGAAGGGGCACUUCCAUACAAGGCGAAGGCGGGGAAGCUCGCCACCCCCUACACUUCCGCUACUUCCUCCUCUUCAUCCACUCCAUCGCCAGGUGAACGAUGUGGCAGCGCUGAAGGUUCAGAGUUCCAAGGGGGCUUUUUCAUCCUUCGUGAGCACUACUGUGGCAGCAUUGGGGAGAGCGAGUUUGCGCAGGGCAUUCCGAUCCCACCCGAAGAGCUCCUGGAAGGCGAGGGGGAGGAAGAGGAGUCGAUGAGCGACGAUGACCGGCGCAUGAACCCGCGUGACGAGGCGGCGGUGAUGGCCAGGCUCAUCCCUCGUGAAGUGGCUCCAGAUGAAGCACCGGAUCCUGUCCGUCCUUAUGAGGGUAGGAUCAAUGUAUUUGGCCCUCCAAGACCACUUGAGGGUUUGAAUGGCCGCUCCGAGGAUUGGUGGGACUACCAGGAGGACACCCUCUUCCUUGUGCGCCACCACGUGAUGCCUCGGAGGAACAUGUUCGGCUCGCAUUACGGAGACUGGAUAGACUGUCCAGUCUCGGACCACCUGAUCCGGAGUGAUCGCAGGACCUGGAUGUUCCCUCAGAGGCGUGACCUGGCUGAGAUUGUCCCACAUGAAAGAGUUUUCCUGGACAACUGGCGGGUGGACUUGGCACGGCUCCGUGACAUCCCUGACUCGAUUGAGGCGGAAUAUGCUGAUUGGACAGGAGCCACCACAUUCUACCUCUAUGACCCGGAGAUUAGGCCGGAGCUCGGGAGGCACUUUGGACACGGGCAAGAAGAAGGGGAGGGUGAGGACGCUCAGCAUGACGCAAAUGACGGCCUACAGCCAGGACUCCCUGAAGGGCGUGACUAUGUUCCGGUUUUCCGUGCACCACAGGAGUUCGACCCACCUUCUCAGGCCCAAGUGGAGGCAGCAAGACGGUACUACCCCGGAGGCGGGGUGUGGGACCCUUGGAAUGGAGGCCGCAUUGAAGGCGAGGAGCACGACAACAGCGAGGCGGCAGACCGACCUAGGAGUUCAAGUGAUCGACCCAGGCGUUCCAGAUCAAGGUCAAGGGGGCGCGCUGCAACUCAGGACGGUGAUGGAUCUGACCGGAGAGUGGGCUACCUGGCGGCAUCCUACGCACUCGAGCAGGAGGAGGAACAGGCAUGUGGCUGGCUGGACCAUCGCCCGGAGUUUGAAGAAUCUCACCAAGUUGGCUAUGGGGAUACCCAUGCCAAGAAUGAGGGUGUGAGCCAGGAGGUCUUCGACAAAGCCUUGAAGUACAUGGAGCAUUGCAGGGAGCACCCCAAGUACGACGCCGAGGUGAUCAAGACCGCUGUCAAGCUGGGUGAUGACCUGCUGAAGACAGCCAAGACGCUCGAGAGCGCGAUGAGGGGCCUUCGUGAAGCGAGACGCAAGGUGAUUGGGGUUCCUACCAAUGGUGCAACUUCGAAAGAGGUCCUGGACUGCCUGGAGGCCGACCACGCCGACUACCUCAAGGCCAUGAAUGGAGAAGGGUUACGCACACGCAGGUACUACCCACCGAGGAGGGUGAAGGCAGAACCAUACCCAUCAGCUGUGGACCACCCUGAGGAGAUGUACCAGAAGGCUUGGAAAGACGGUCACUGGGGCAUUGUGCUCUUCGCGUCGGACUUGACUGAGGAGUACACCAAGACCCUCAUCGAGUGCCCGCAGGGGCGCGACACCUCAGACUUCGGCAGCGCCCUACCAGGUGAUCCGGUGGGUGUAGAAGGAAGGGUGAAGAUGAUCUAUGGAGGCCUUCCCUUUGGCUGGUGUGGCGCACCGGGUGAGUACAUGGCGUUCGCUUUGGCAGGAAGGGCAUACCACGAGAACUUCAAGCCCUCCGAGGAGACCAUCAAUGGCCCGAGCCCAUUCUCAUCGGAAUGGCUGAUGGACGACAGUGUUGUUGUGGAACCCUUGGUGGGCGUCCGCCCAUGGCAAGCUGUGGACUCACUUGGGCACGCCAUCGAGAAGAUCUGGGGUCAGGACGCCUUGAACCUCGAGAAGCAGAUCGAGGAGGGCACACCCGCGACGGAACAGAUUGUCUGGGGCCUGUUCAUGAAUGUCGACAGCAUGACCAUUAGGCUGCCUGAGCCGAAGGCCUUGAAGAUGCGCUACCUACUUGCACUUCCUGAGCUCCAAUAUGGAGAACGCAUGGUGUGCUUGAAGGUGGCUCAAGAACUUCGGGGGCUGGGCCAGUAUGCAGCCAUCACUAUACCACCACUGCGCACUGAACUCAGUACGAUCGACCUCUUCCUCUGCCCCAGUCGCUGCGAGGGUGGCUACAUCCGGCCGAAUGUCAACGACGAGGAGAGUUCAGAGCGAGCCUGGCGUUGCUGGGACGAGAUGCUGGCCUUGUUGAGACUUUGGUUUGAAACCCCGUACGAGGGCACGUUUGAGGCUUCAAUGGAGAGCAUGCUGACGACGCGCGAGCUCCUGGCGCUGCCCGGGAUGAGUGAACGGCUGCGCUGGGUUGGAGGAGAUGCAACGCCUGAAGUUGCGGGAGCACUCGACUGGAAGACCAAGCGCUACAUGCGGGAAGACGCAAGGGAGAUGCUGCAUGCCUUGGGCAAGGUCCCGGAGCUUGUCGACGACCCGGAGAUGAAGAUUGCCCUGGCGGAGCUCCUGUGCUUUGUUGGCCUUGCCGCAGCUGAGAGUCGCGAAUGGCAGGGCGAACUGAUCGCCUAUGCGACUGACAAUCAGAAUGUACGCUCUUGGCUGACGAAGCGUCAGUCGAAAUGUGCAGUGGCUCGCCAUAUGCUUCGGAUUUUGGGCAUGCUGGAGGUUCGCUUCCACUUUAAGACAGUGGCUUUCUACAUCCGGACGUACCACAACAUCACGGCGGACUGGCUGAGCCGGGAGACCAAGAAGGUCGUGGAAACCCAGAUGGAGCGCGAUGGGUGGUCGAAGGUGGAGGUCGGUGAAAACUGGGCUCACUACAUCGACGAGUCCGUGGCGGGGAUCUUCCGAUGGCCUGGGGGGGAGAGCUUGGGCAGUAUGUCUCAGGCGCCAAACGGUGAGAACAAGCCCUACCGCCCUGUAGUCGCCUCGGGGUAUGCCGUGGAGCUCGGACGGGGCAUGCUGCCCUGGGUUGUUGCCUGGCAUCGUCUAGGGGGUCAAGUUUGCAGGAUUGACGCCAAAUGCACACCCUUGGAUGAGAAGCUCGAGAGGUCCCUCUUCCAUGACAUUGACCUGGUGACGGAGGAGAUCGAGUUGUCGUGGGCUUUUGCCUCGGUUGCGGAGGACAGUUGGGGAGGAAGCCGCACCUAUGUUAAGAACUUCGUGAAGAAGCACCGACCACGAUGUGUGUUGAUCGAUGUGGCUAAAGACGGCCCGGUCGAUGAUCUUCAGAUGGACCUGGAAAAGCUGGGCUACAAGACGAGUACCUUCGACUGCCUGACGACGCACUACGGGGACCCGGUCGCGAAGAGGAAGGUCAUUGUCCUUGGGGCACUUCACGAUGGACGAUCAGUGAAGCCAGAAUGGCUUGACCGAAACACAGAGCUGACCCUGAACAGCAAGAUCUCGACAUCAGGAGACCGCAUGCUUCCAUGGCCUGCAGGCCAUUUCCGGGAGAACCACAUAGAUGACCAGAAGGAGCUCCUCUACGACAUCCGAGGCCCAGCACUGACUUGCCGGAAGGGGAGAUCGAUGGUGGUCCUCGAUCACCGUGGUACAGAAGUCCAAGCACGGAGGCUCGGGCCAGAGGAGGAGUGGUUGCUCAAUGGCGGGCGGCUUGAUGACGUUCGUGCACUACAUGAACUGGGGUCGAGCCAGGAAUACUUCAAGAAGAAUGCGGCGAUGAAGUUCCCACAACAGAGCGCCCCCAGAAUCGUUGCUUGGUUCGAACGCUGGCGACAGGAUCAGGAGACCGCUGACGCUUCGUCUGAGGCGAAGGUGGGGGUGUGCACCGACCCGGACAGGCUGAAAGCUGAUGAACAUGUUCGGGCCUGGAUGCGAGCUUGGCAGGGAGAUCAUCAGAACCCCCAGGCAAACUAUGAAAAGUGGUUGAUGUCUCAUAGGCAUGGGAUUGAGGAGGUGGACAAGGUCGGCGGCCGCAGACAAACUCCAUCGAAGAGGGCGAAAUCCGCACCACCUGACCGACUGGUGCUGCCUAGUGCAAUUGGACGAGGUCGCGAGCGGCUACAGUUGGACGCCAACAAGGAGCUUCGUCGGGAUCAAGCCUGGUUGGACGCACUGGCAGCGGAGGCGGUCAUGUCCAAGCUCUCGGAAGGAACCCGCGGAGGCUACGAAGUUGGCUGGAAGCAAUGGUGUUUGUGGCGACGCAUGGGCAACAAGAGCGUCUACCUGACAGGGGAGACCAAGGACGAGCGGAAGGCCGAUGAAGACGAGCUGCUGAGGUUCAUGACCUACCUGGCGCACGUCAUGCAUGGGGCGGACCGAAGGGACGGGCACGAUGACCCCACUAUGAACAGAGUUCGCAUCUGGGCAGCACUGAAUGGUUACAAGCGAUGGCAACCAGAGACGAAACGCAAGUACCCGGUGCUGCCGGGGAUGUUGACCUGGAUCAGGCGGCACCUGAGCACCAGUGAGACGCUGAGCAAAUGUGACCAGGUGAUCCUAUGGGCUGCCAUCAUGGUGGGCUUCUUCUUCCUCCUGAGGGCUUCGGAGUUCCUGGUGACGAUCGGCAGGAGCUGGGGCAGCACACGGACUUUGAAAGGCAGCGACAUCGAGGCUCGCAAGGACAACAAGCAGGUGGCGAACUUCUACCAGGCCGAGGAGAUCGUGAUCUACCUCAAAGGGUCGAAGACGGACCAAUACAACCAGGGCACUGUGCGCAAUCAGUUCCGGAGUGGCGAUGAACUUUGCGUGGCGGCGGCGCUCGCGGACUACCAGAACAUGAGGCCUGAACGUUUUGCGGGGGCAGAAGAAAACCAGCCCCUGUUCAGGUUUGAAGAUGGCAAACCGCUGCAACGUGGUGAUAUCCAGAACCUGAUCCAGUUGGCGGCGGUGGCAGAUGGGCAAUCCACGACCAGGUACGGCUCUCACAGUCUUCGCAUUGGUGGGGCUACGGCUAUGUACCAAACCACCAAGGACCUGGACGUGGUCAAGAGGUUUGGAAGGUGGAAUUCCGACGCCUUCCAUGGCUACCUAUGGGAGUCGCAUGAGCGACAAAAGGAUCUCGCAAAGGGGAUGGCACGCGCUGAUGGUCAGCUGCUGGCACCCAGGAAGAACAAGGGCUAUGAAGCUGAACGCCAUCCCCUCGAGAAGUCGAAGGCAGUGAACAACCAGUCGCGACAGCAUGGCACCGCGAGAGUGGGAGCUCUGAUCGACGAGGGUGAGCAUGAAGCCUUAGGUGACUUCAGUGACGAAGAGCAUGGAGCACGUGGCUACAUCAUCCCGAGCGUCGAGGAGAUCCCCGCUGAGGAGAGCUAUGGCGACUAUGGAGAUGGAAUGGAAGUACGGCCAAAAGGGCUGCGAAGCAGAGGAAGCAAGAGCUCAGACUUCAGCUCGACGGCAAAAAGUACUUCUGCUCCGUUCAGUGUUUGCGAGAAGAUCUGA